ACAACACCAUUAAAAGUUACAGAAACUAUGAUAUCACAACAAUUUAUUUAACAAGAAAGCAAUAUGUCAAAGGUUAGCAACACAUUGAUUGGUUUCUUGAACCUAUUGACACUCCUAGCUUCGAUCCCAAUCAUUGGUGGUGGCUUAUGGAUGACGAAAAGCACCACCACCUGCGAAAGCUUCCUCCAACGACCGCUUAUGGUGGUAGGAUUUGUGAUCUUGCUUGUAUCACUGGCCGGUUUCAUAGGGGCAUGUUAUCAUGUCGCAUGGGCGUUGUGGGUGUACUUGGUGGUGAUGUUGUUCUUGAUCGCCGCCUUGUUGGCAGUGACAAUUUUUGGGUUCGUGGUGGUGGGCCCGGGUGGCGGCGUGGAAGUUCCCGGUAGGGCUUAUAAGGAGUAUCACCUCCAAAAUUAUUCACCUUGGUUGAGGAAAAGGAUUGAGAAUUCAAAUUAUUGGAUGAGUGUCAAAAGUUGCAUUUUGGGAUCCAAGACUUGUAGUAAGAUUGUUAUGUGGACUCCUGUUGACUAUUUGACUGGAAACUUGUCCCCAAUUCAAUCAGGUUGUUGCAAACCACCAAGCGCGUGUAACUACCAAGCACCAACAAUGACACAAGAUCCUGACUGCUAUAAAUGGAACAAUGAUCCAAAUUUGUUGUGCUACGAGUGUGACUCAUGCAAGGCCGGAGUGCUUGAGGAUGUGAGACGGCAUUGGCACAAACUCUCGGUUCUCAACAUCGUCAUGGUCAUGCUUCUGAUUGGAAUAUAUUUCGUCGGUUGUUGUGCAUUCCAAAAUGCAAAAAGGGCCGAUGGUUAUCAUCCGCAUGGCGAAUCAAGAAUGUAUAAAACUCAACCUAAAUGGAAUUUCUAUCGGUAGGUCCUCAUAACAAGCAACAAAGCUAGGCAUCUCUCUGAUGCUACCCAAACGUAGCUACAAUAGCUUUAGCGAACAAUAUUGUUUUAUGGUAGAUUUUAUAUGAAAUUUAGUUAUUUAAAACGUGUUUCAUGUGUAUUUAAAGAAAUUUAAUUUAUUUUGAAAACUAGAAAAAGAAUUGUGUUUGAACGACAUAACUGAAAACUUUGCUGAGUGUAGAAUUAAUAUAUAUAUUUGGAUUUAUGAAAUAUUAAUUUAACCGAA